UUAAAGAAUACAAACUUAAUGUUUGCAUUAAUUCAAAUUAUUCUAAGGUUAUACGAUUGGCAGAUGGAUGAGUACGGAAGCCUAAGGCCAGUGCUGCACUCAGCGAAAGGGAUUGAUCAAAAUCCCGAUCUUCUUAUCAGUGAGCAUAGAACGGGAAACAAGAAGGUCAAAUGGCAACAAAACUGUGCCAAUGAUUCAUUCAUUCUUGAGACAAUACUAAAAAAAUACAAUCGACACAAAGUCCCAGGCGAUUCUGUUGUUGUGCAAGUUGAAGUUUGGGUUCAAGAAAUUACAACAGUUAGCGAUAUCACUUCAGAUUUUCAAUUGGAUAUUUACAUAAGCGAAAUGUGGUUGGACCCAGCAUUGGAUUAUUCGUGGAUGCAACCUUGCAAGUACAAUUUAUCACUGAACAGUGUGCUGCUAGAAAAAUUAUGGACUCCGAAUUCGUGCUUUAUAAACUCAAAAACUGCAGAUAUCCAUCGAAGUCCAUUCCCAAAUAUCUUUCUGAUGAUUUAUGCAAAUGGUUCGGUAUGGACUAAUUACAGGCUUAAACUUCAAGGCCCGUGUUCAAUGGAUUUGACGAGAUUUCCCUUCGACAACGUCACUUGUUCGCUUACUUUCGAAAGUUUUAAUUAUAAUACUGACGAGGUUCAAAUGGUCUGGUCCCCACUUGGUGUUUCUAAAAUGCGUGAAAAGAUGGAACUUGCUGAUUAUGAACUCACUGGCAUUGAAAAUUUCAGGAAAACAGAGCCUUAUCCAGCUGGUUUCUGGCAUGAAUUAACUAUGCAAUUUCAUUUCAAACGUCGUGCUGGAUGGUAUAUUUUGCAGGCUUACCUUCCGACCUAUCUUACUAUAUGCAUAUCGUGGAUCUCAUUUGCACUUGGAUCAAAAGCAAUUCCAGCUCGAACCAUGCUAGGCGUCAAUUCACUUCUUGCUAUGACUUUUCAGUUCGGUAAUAUAAUCAGAAACCUCCCACGUGUUAGUUAUGUUAAGGCCAUAGACGUUUGGAUGUUAAGUUGUAUGACAUUCGUUUUCUGUUCAUUACUAGAGCUUGCGUGGGUUGGCUACUUCAGCAGGGAGGAAUUCGAUGUACCCAAGUCUGUAACAUCUAAAAUAUCACCUAGUAUAACAGCACAUCAAGAUAAUGACAGUAUGAAAAUAGCACCGAUUCCUACAGUGUCCCAUCAUGAUCGGUAUGAAACAAAUUUCAUACUAACCAGAAGGCGACCAGUAAACGAAGAGGAAAAUGCAUUGAUCAGUCUUGCUCGUGAUAACGAUUAUGGUUAUAUUCCGCCUGGUUACGGUCUCAAUGAUCAUCUCAAGGCUACAGUGGCUUCUAUAGCAGGUCCUUGUGGUUGCUUACGGCAAGAAACAGCUGCUGUUACAGAAUCGUACUCACCGAUUCCUUCCUCAAGCGACCUCAUCACUCUCAAUCGACAAAGGGAAAAAGUUACUUUGCAAAUUGAUAAGCUAUCAGCGAUAUUAUUUCCAACUUUAUUUAGUGUAUUUAAUAUUGCCUACUGGUAUCAUUACCUCAAGGACUGA